GUUUUGGCUUUCAAUGAAGAGAGAUGACGGUGCAUGUGUAAAGCGUGCUUACAAAAUUUUUUGAAAAUUUUCUUUCGGCACUGGCAACUAGAAUUGGACACUAGGCCUAGGUGGCAGAUAUUUCGACAUUUGUCUAGCUACCUAUACCGGAUAUCUACACAAAGGAUUCAUACUUUUAUUGGAUUAUACAGACGCUGAUUUCAGUUUUUUACUGUCUUCAGACUUCAGCCUCAGGAAUUGUUGCCGUAGAACUAAGACUAAGUUAGCUGUGCCGAUUUGUGGACCUAAAAGAUUCAGUUUGCAACUUCAGGAUUGAAUUUUUUCUUGGCGGUUCGCUUGAUUGAACUUUGGAGGUGAUUGCAUCCAGGAUUCAUUGGACUUGGCCUGAGUGACGGAGCUUCGAGUCUAACUCUAGUUUCGCGAGUUGAUCAUGCCAAAGGUUAAGGCCAAGAAAAUAACGACCGCAGGUGCGAGGAAGGGAGAUGACACACCGAAGAGGAGGCCGGGUCGGCCGAGAGGUCCACGGGCGACGUCAACCCCCGCAAGUGUGGAUCUGGGGCUGGGAGGCGGCAACAACGGGCCAGGAAGGAGCGGUGAGUUAAAUCCCUCUCAGUCUCAAGUUGUCGAUGUUGAUGAAAAAAGUGGUAGGCCUAGGUCUAAAGUUAGUGAUAAAAUGGCAGAGCUAGAUCUAGAUCUAGUGGGGCGGGAAGGCCAGGCGCCCGUGGGCAGAUCUAUUGCUUGGCAUGAGAUAGUAGCACAGGAGUCGGAUACCGGUAGCUCGGGGCAGGCUCAGCCAGCAGUUUCAGUGCCGGCGCGGUCGGCAGGGGUAGCCGAAGAUCUAGGCCUAGAUCUAGUGGAGGUCGGUGUUGAGAGAUCUGAGCCCCAGGCGCCUAGGCUUUCUGCCGUGUUGGGGGCACCGGAACCAUUUAUUAGCGCAUGCGACCCACUAGGUGUGGAAGUGGCUAUCUCACUGAAGGAAAAAAUUUGGGCAAGUGAAUAUAUAGAUUUGGGAGUGCUCCUUAAGCAUAAUAAUGCACGUGAUGAGUUUGGGGCCUUGAGUGUAGGUGACACCACUUUGAGUUUGUGUCAAUCGGGAUCUGGUCUUGGUUUGCAACUUCAACCUCAAUCAAAGGCUAAGAAAAUCAUGUCGGUAGAGCAGUGGACUUCGGUGUUUCUAGUAUUUGCCUCAAUUUACGCUGAGAAGCACAUUGAAAGGAGCAGGGAGCUCAUGAAAUAUAUGGAUUUGAUAAGGCAUGCAGCCCGUGCGUUUGCAGGUUAUGGCUGGCGUGACUAUGACACUCAGUUUAGGAGCAAGCAGGCGCGUUUACCCGGGCGAUCCUGGGCGAGCGUCGACGCCGAGUUGUGGUUGAUGCUGGUGGCCUCUAAUGGUCCGCGGCAGCGCCACAAUUUACCCCAUGCCCCUCGCCAUCAGUUCUACAGAGGGGAGUACGGCGCGAGAAAAUCUUUUCCCUUCGGAGGAAAGGGACCCGGAGCCAAUGGCACACCCAGCCGAGGCGUGUGCUUUGCCUUUAAUAGAGGCAAGUGCAUGCGAGGCAAAGCUUGCAUCUAUGAGCACAAGUGUUCCCGCUGCCAGGCGGCAGGUCAUGGGGCUAAGCAGUGUAGCCAAGGGCGGGCCGGUUCCAGUCCCGCUGGCAGUAAAUAGGUCUACGGCUAGUGCGGUGUCGUCUAUUGCUCCGACCCCUAUUAAGUUAGCACGUUUGGUGCCCAUGUUAGCUACUUAUCCUAAUCAGGAGCAUGCUCAGUGCUUGUAUAAUGGUUUUAAGUUUGGUUUUUCAUUACAUUUUGAAGGGGACAGGGUCCCAUUGGUUGUUAAAAACCUGAAAUCAGCAUUCGAACACAU